CCAGUGGGAGCUGUGAUCGGCCAAACCUGCGGAUGCUGCAGGUAAACAAACCAUCCCGGCCUGCCAGCGGAUUUUCCUGACAGGCCGCAUGGCAAAGAUUGCCGAUCCCUAUCAUAAACUCUCAUUUAUUCAAACCUUGUGUCCUUCACAUACACCUCUGCCACAUGUAUUUCACCUAAUUGUGUAUAAUGAAUAAAGGUUGAGAGUAGAGUGAUGUCUGUUGUAACUAGUACGCAUUAUAUUCUAUAGAAGCAUAGUUUUCACAGUGUGAUUAAAAAUAUAUGAUAAUUUACAAGGAAUUUAGGAAACUGCUGACGAUAUAAAACUCAUGAAAGGUUUACUGACAAUAAUAUGAUUUCUGUUCAACUGAAAUCUUUGAAUGUAUAAUUAGAUCCCUAAUAUUGGAGUUAAAUAUUGCUAUACUUAUUUUUUUAUUUUUAAUAUUGUGGCAUUAAUUUAAUUUGAUAAUUCAUACAUUUGUAUGCAUUCCUUAUGUUACAAUAAUCAAAGUCCAAAAAUAUUGCUGAAUCCAGCUGUUCUUUGAAGUUAUGUUUUUAAAAAAAAGAUAAUUUAAACUAAAGGGACAUUCCUACCUGUAUCAAUAAAACCACAUCAAAUUGUGCCAGAUUCCAGCAAAUGUCAUACAGUAUAUAGUGUUGGAUUGUCUCACUAUUUGAAAAGAAAACCGUCAUAGCUAAUGCAGCAAGUGAUAUUGAUGAUUCAUUAAGAAACAGGGACAUUUGUUCUGCUCUAGGUGCGCUCUUUUGGAUAAGAUGUAAACCAGAGUUGUUCACCAUUUGUGGUUAUUAAAGAAUUCAAAGCAGUUUUUUUGUAAGAGCAGGACUGUUAGCACUAGUGUUCUAACUAGAUUGUAACUCAGGAAGUUGCAUUCUGCCUACAAAUUUCUCCAUGCAGUUUCAAUGGCUAAUGUUAUUCUUUGCUUUUUCCUGUCUAAUUUAUUGAGUUGUGUUGCUGUGCAUUCUUAAACAUUGCCUCACUUCAAAGGUGGCUGCAUUUUAGCAGCUGUAUGAAUUCAUCCCCACAACCUGUACUCAUGUUAACAGGGAGGAUCAACUAAUAAACAGCUCAAUACAUGUAUGUAUGUACCUUCAUUGACCGCUUGAUUGAGUGAAUACAAAAUAUAAAGGGUUGCAUAAUCAAGCCUACAGUUUGCAAAGCACUUUUUGGGUUCCUUUGGAAUAAAAUGUGCUAUAUACUAAUAACAUGCACUUACACUUUUUCAGUCACUUUUAUGUUUUAAAAUUAAUCCCAUUAGAGGUUUUUCCCCCCGAGGAUGUAUAAUGUUUUACAGAGCAAGCAGUGUUGUAACAGACAGUUGGAUAUUUAUUUGGGGUAUUUGAAGUUUUUCUUUUGAAAGUUGAAUAAAUGCAACCUACUGUGUAGUCCUUCUUCUUUUCUUAGAUCUCUUGUGGAUGAACCACAAAGCAGAUAACCAGCCAUGGAGGAAUUAACGGAACACCUUGUUUCUACUUCUGAAAAUUUAUUACUCAAAUAUGGACAAACUACCAGUCAAGCCCACAUAAAGAAGCUGAAAGAUCUUGCUAUAGUUCAUUUAAAUGGGCUAUAUUUAAAGAAUGUGAGACAUUUGCAAUACUGUGUUUUGCUUAAAGUAUGCAUCCUGUCUAAUAAUUAUAUUAAAAAUAUAGAGGCACUUGAAUGUUGUACUCAUUUAGUUAAGCUGGAUCUCCAUGGAAAUCAGAUACAGCAUCUUCCUGGCCCAACGUUUUGGGAAGGCAUGAAGGAAUUAAAUUUACUCUAUCUUCAUGACAAUGGAAUUGGAAAACUGGAUAAUGUUCAUUCGUUAUCGUUCUGUCCUAAUCUGAUAGGCCUCACCUUGUUUGAUACUCCACUGAGCCUAAGAAUAGCAUAUAGGCAUAUUGUUGUUAACAGCAUUCUCUCACUCAAAGCACUGGAUUACUAUGUAAUUUCUGACGAGGAAAUUGUUGAAAACUGGAAGCUUUCCCCCAAAUAUAAACCAUUUAGCCCUAGCUUUUUCCUUGAUUUUUGCCAUGCUCCUAAAAAGGAAGCAACUGUUGAGGAGGAUAUAAAUGUGGUAAAAGAUAUCAUUUCAAAAAUCAAUCACAUUCUAGCUCAUCACUCACCAGUUGUGAUUGUUCAAAGAUGGAUAAGGGGAUAUUUAACGAGAAAAAGAUUUGGCAAAAUUCCUUGGGAUGAAGUUCUUCUGCAGAGAUAUUAUAUCAGAGAUGAAGCAAAACAAAUUUACAGUCAAAGCACAUUUCCAGUAUGUGAUAGUAAAAGCUUUAUAUAUCACAUCAUUAAACCAGAACAGAAUACUGAGGACAAAAAGCUUACAUCUGGGAAACAAGUCUUCUAUAUGAAUAAUUUUAGAAAGCUUCCUGUUUUAUGUCUGAGAAGAAAAAAACAACCAGUUUUCUCCAUUUCACCCACAUUGAGAAAAAAAGAAAAAAAGAAUAAACUAGGGGAACAUAGAAUUCCACAGAGGAAGGGUUUCUUGGAUGUGGAGAAACCUAAUAUGGAGGAGCAGGUAGAAACUAAAUUUAGGCUUUCAGUUUGUAAAGCUGCUUUUCAUUCAGUGAAGGAGAAGCUGAUGAUAUUUCAAAAGAAAGAGGAAGAAAUUUGGCAUGCUGUAUACCCGUUUCAUUCUCUUGUUCAUCCUGCUCCACAGCUGAAAGCUGUGAAUCACCCAGUAAGCAUAGAGAAGAGGAUUUUUGCUAGAAUGUAUGGAUCUGUAAGACUUGGACCAUUUUAUGUUAUUGAUAAAGCCUACAGGGAGAGAAAGAGAUGUGAGAUCCAAACUAAAAAGAUAUGUGGGGUUAUGCAGAUGCAAAUUGCCAAAGGUGAAACUGACUACUGUACUAAGGGUUUUCUUGAGGAGAAAAAGAAUGGUAUUCAGAAAAGAUGCAAAGAAGAAGAAAUUAGAAUUCAAGAAGCUUUACAACAACAUCAAUUGAGACGAUCAGGAUUUAUUGAAAAAGUAAGGCAAAGGCAUGCUCAGUUUUUAGAAACCAAGAACCAAAAAGCAUCAGAGUAUUCAUUAAUUCAAGACUUCAGCAUUCAGCAUGCUUCUUUUACACAGAGUUUGUUUAGACUUGACAGAUUGAGGAAAAGUGAGGAAACCCUAAAGAAAAGAAAGAGCAUUGUUAAGGAAAACAAAGAAGAUAUGGAAAAAUGGAAGGAGCUGAUUAAAAAUGUUCAGGAGCAGAGGAAGUUGAUGUUACAAAAAGAAAACUUAGCAGAAAACGUGAUUCUGGGUUCCAUUGUUUCUCAAAAGACUAGUGAGAGAUUACAGCAAGCCAAGGCAAAAGUUGCAGCUGUAAAGGAUCAGCAAGCCAAUACGAAAAUUAUGAUCAGGCUGCCAUUGAGCUGCAGUGCAAUAAAACAUGUAUAAUAAACUCCAAUGUUUAAGAUGCUAACUUGCAAAUUACUAUUGAGUCUUUCAGCCAUUUACCUUCCAACAAAGGACGAGAUCCUCAGCUGAUGUAAAUCCAUGUAGCUCCAUUGACUUCAACUGAAAUAUACCAGUUUACAUGAGCUUAUUAUCCAGCCCUUCUCCUGGAAUUUUGGGAAGAGCAUCCCAAAUGGAAGGUAUUUCUAGGCAAAAAUAAACAGUGGAAAGAAGCAAGAGUUCUGUCUGAGAGGUAAUUCUAAAGAGAGUAAGGAUUGGAAACAAAAUAGACAUAAGCUUUCUUUGGAGAUGAUGUCCUUCAUAGAGAUGCUACAAUAAGAAUGAGAACAGUUUCUAUAUUUGUGUUUCCCUCUUACUAUUUUUUUAAAUGUAGCAGAAGGAGUGCAGUUUAUUGGUACAUAAUGUUCUAUUUAUGUUUGUUUAUUUAAUCUGUUUUGCUUUAUUGUUAAUAAAUUGCUUA